CCAUCUUCUCAUUAAAGGGUGGGUCUGGAGCUGUGGGAGAGAAGGAGAAGUGUGUUUAAAAUGAACCCGUUUGGCAAACAGCGUUGUGAGGGCGGAUUCAGCAUCUCUCUAUAACAUAGCCCUACGUCUGCUAUUUGUGUCAGAGGCGGAUGUUUGCAGCUUUGUCUGAAAGGCUGACUGUGACAGUGGAUUGGUUACAUUCCUGGUCAAUGUAUCGGCUGCUGCGGCGUGGCUAACAUCAGGAUCGGGAGCAGGAUGGGCAAGCCGGGAGGGCAGGACAAGGCCGAUAUCUAUCGGGACACUUGGGUCCGGUUUCUGGGAUAUGCCAAUGAAGUUGGUGAAGCAUUCCGGGCACUAGUACCUGUAGGACUGGUCUGGGCUACUUAUGGCAUAUCAACUGCAUAUGUUACAGCUGAUGCAGUUGACAAGGGAAAGAAAGCGGCUGUUGCUCAUGGAGACAAACCUGGAAAAGCUAUGACUGUUGGUGUUGCUGUGGUGGAUACUUUCAUCUGGCAGGCAUUGGCCUCGGUUGUAGUUCCAGGAUUCACCAUCAAUCGAUUGUGUGCAGCUUCCCUUUUGUUACUUGGGAAAACUACAAGGUGGCCACUGCCUGUGAGAAAGUGGACGACAACUGCUAUUGGCUUGUCUGCCAUCCCAGUUAUUAUAACUCCCAUUGACCGGUCUGUGGACUUUCUUUUGGAUUCUACACUAAGAAAGCUAUAUGGAUCAGAAGAAAAACACAAACCAUAACCAAAGGCAAUUGGAACUUUAGCCAGUUUAAUAUUUGUGUACGCUAUAAACUUUAAAUUACAUUGCAAGGCAAUGAACUCUGUACUCCAACUCUGGAGAACUAGUCUCCAUUUUUUUGAGACAGUGGGCUUUAUAUGAAAUUCUGGAAAGUAGGUACUUGUUGAUCCUUGUAAUCAAACACUGCUGUACAAUAUCAAUUUUGUACAAGAAAAUUGAAAACCUCUCUAUAUACACACGUUCUUCAGGAACUGAGUAGUUAGGGAAUGAUUUUGAAUGUCGCCAUUACGUUGAAUUAAAUGAGUAUCCCUGAAAAUACAGGUGUCAAAUGACCCGAAGAUGGGAUACCCACAUCCUUCAAUUGUACAGUAGCUUUAAAUACUGAACAAAUAUCCAUCAUAUUUCACUACUGUAAAACUAGUCUGAAUUUGUAAAGCAUUUUUCAGUCAGAA